UUUGUCCCUGCUCGCAUGCCGUUGUUCGCCUAUUGUAUUUGUAACCCAAACAUGGCGUCCGCCGAAGUUCAACCUCGGUUUGGGCAGUCCGUUAAAGGAUUAUUAUCUGAUAAAGUGGGUUCUUGCAGCGUAGACGCGAUCGCAUUGACACGCCAGGUGCUUAAAGUUUCCCGCAGCCAAGAGCUUCUCGGUCAAGCAGCCAGAAAUAUGGUUAUUCAGGAGGACGCCAUCCUACACUCGGAGGAUAGUCUCCGGAAAAUGUCCAUCAUCACUACGCACUUACAAUAUCAGCAGGAGGCCAUCCAGAAGAACGUGGAGCACUCUCAAAACUUGCAGGAUCAGCUGAUUCACCUGCUCAAGUAGACGAGCACGUCAGGUUGUUUUUUUUCCAUACAGUCGUCGUAUCUCCCUGUAGCAAGACAGCAAUGUUUUGUUUUGAUGGGACACUGACAGCUGUGAGCAAUUCUGUUUAUGACGCUGCACUCGGGCAUCGUACAUUUACUGCAAGUGUUCCUGAUCGUCACUGCGAUCGUAAAAUGUGAUCGAGGAGUGGGAAGCGGAGCUAUGCUGCGAUGACUUCAUGUCCUGUACAUGUGAUCGUAAAACGCUGCAACAAUUGCUGAAACUGCUGAAGUUGAUAAUUGUCUUAAACAAGAUCGCGCCUCUUCCGUUAAGGUACGCAAUUUUGUUAAGUGUUCAUGAAUUUCAUGGGAUAGGCAUACAAAUGAACAAGUCAAUUUUUUAACCCUUUUGGGGGCAGCAGUUACUACAGUGGACAGUUUAUCAUGUUAUCAGGUUACAGGUUAUCAUUAUUGGUGCAUGAAGGGGUUAAACUAUU